AAAUCAUACAAAAAUCUCUAAUGAAUCAUUGAACAUAUGUUGUUUUUUAAUUAGGUUUUUUCUUUGUUUAAAUAGAUUUCUUUCUUUUUAUGAUUUAUAGUUUGAUUAGGCCCAAUUUGCUCUAAUAUCCUACGGCCGUCGAACUAACUAAAAAUGAAUUGUUUCCUGUGAAAGUUAACCUUCCGCCGAGUUUACUUUCGGAGUUUCAGCAGAGAAUCCAGGCAAGGCUGAAUUGCUCGCCGUCCCUUCGGUCAAAUCGACGUUGAAGUUCUUCCCGGUGGAUCGGAAAAAAGGGCCUCCUCUGCACUCGAGUUUCUCCCUUCAAAGGGCCGGCAGCGUUUUAUAUCUAAAGCCGACGAGGACAAAAGCGAUAUCGUUUCCCUUUACACCAGGUUUUCGCUGUCAGGAUUGAGAAAAUGUCAACCGCGGUGGCUGAAGACGCCCCAAAUGUUACCACAGUGCCACAACCAGGUCAACCAGUAGAAAAAAAGCUCCCUGCAAGCACGACAAAUGGUGUUUCCGAAGUUGCAGCCAAAAUAAUCCAAAAUGAAAAAGAAGCCGCAGAACACCCGCCCACGAAGAAAUCAAAAGUCGAUUUACAGUCUUUACCCACGAGGCAAUACCUCGACCAAACUGUUGUUCCGAUACUUCUCCAAGGCUUGCAGACAUUAGUGAAAGAAAGGCCCCCAGAUCCAAUCAGCUACUUAGCAGCUUACCUAAUGAAGAACAAACAGCUUUAUGAACCACCAGCGGCAUCACCACCUACAGCAACGAACCCUCAGUGAAUGUGUUUCGCCUAAGAAUUUCUUUCAAAUGAAUAAUACAAAGAAGAUAAAUAAAUAUUUGUAAAAUAAAAGUGAGCCAUUUGUUGUAUAAAUAAGAUUAAAAAUGAAACCAAAUGCGUGCCUAAUUGAUAAAAACAUUGAUAAUUUUAAAUUUUUAUAAAAUGCUAUUUCCUUUAUAAACAUUGGAUAAACAUAAAAUCAUGAGAAGGGUAAAUUUCUUAUAACAUAGUGGUGUAUUUCCCAUUAUUUUCAGUAAUUUGAACUUUUUGACUCCCUUUUAUUUUAUUAUUAUUAUUAUUUUUUUUUUAAAUAUGUGUAUUCAACCUUGAGGUAUCUGGUCAUUAGUGAAAAAAGAUGUGGCAUGUGGGUUACCUUUAUUUUAAACCAAACUGAAGUCUUUUGGUAAGGUAUGUUAAAGGAAAAACUGAAUAUCAUUCAGUUUUGUUGUUGUCUAUUUUAUUGUCAUAACUUUGUAUAAAUAUCUGUGAAAAUAAGGAAUGGACUGAGUCAGUAAUUGUGCCACCAAAAUUAUUUUGUAAGUAAAUAUUUUAUUUUUGCGUUUAUUUUUGGAUUAAGAUGACCUCUCUGGUUUAGCUCGUACUUGUUUACGCAAUUAAAGCAAAAACGCUUCCAAGAGAUUAUUGAACAAGCGUUCUCAACAUAGCUAUGCUUUAUUAAACACUCGGUUCAAAUUAGACUCAAUUGCAAGCCUUAACACGUUUCGUUAUUUAAUUUAAUUUAUAUUGUCUCAAAGAAAUGUCCAAAACUAUAACAAGAACAUUUUGUAAAAGAUAAUUGUAUAAAAAUAGUAAAUUUUGUAUUUGGUUCACUAUGGCAGAAAGGACAUGAGAAAACAGAACUUUAGCACAUUUUUAUUUCAUCGAUUUUAUUUCUUGUCAGAUGUUUGAUAAUUAAUGAUCAUGGUUCAUCGGAUUUAUAUCUGUUGAUUAUUAUCAUCUGUAAUAGUGGAACAAAUGACAAUUUACUCAAACAUCACAACUUAUAAUUUUAUCUAAUAACAUGUUAUUAAAAUAAUGCGUUAUGUUUCAGGUUAUAUCAGUUAUAAUAUUUAAUUAUUGGUUGUGAAAUUAAAAUGACUUUUAUAUAUGUUAAAGGCAUGAAGUUAAAGUUAUUUGUGGUUUUAUUCAAAUUGUCUGGUUAAUAUCAAUGUUUAUUUUAAGUAUAUACUUCAAUUUGUUCAUUUAAUAAACUUAUAUUACCAAGGAUAAUAAUUUCAUUUAUAAAGAAUACUAGGAUUAGUUUGUUGAAUUAAAAAAAAAUUAAAUAA